GCUUCCGUACUUUCGGCUGUUGAACAGUUGUUGCUAGGCAACCCAGAUUUGGCCACAACAAUGGCGGAUAAAAGUUGUAAGAAAAAGGCAAAAGCAGUCAUUUCGCAGACCAAGAAGCGUCCGCCACCCAGUACAGCUGAGAGCUCCAAGAAGGUGGAGGCGAAACCAAAGGAAACAUGUAACUCGAGUCCAACAAAAACACAAAUUGAUGACAUUUUUGCCAAGGAGGAGCAGUACAAGCUGUUAAAUGCGGAGCUUGAAGCCAAAACAUCAGAGCUGGUCAGACAAGCAGAGCAACUCAUGAGAGAACAAAAUGAAGUUCUGUCAUAUCCUCUCUCUAAUGAACUCACCUUGGAAACGGGGGAUGGAGAUGGUGUCAGCAGAAACUCAAAAUCUCAACCAAAAGCUGUGCAGGAUCCUGGAAUGAAGAAGGUGAGCAAAAAAAGGGUCCCAUCACCAACACAGAGUAAGCAUGCUGGGAAACAAGGAAAGAAGCCCCAAUGUAAAACAGUCACAUCGAAGGACUCGCAUGACGACGAAGCUCUAUUGGAUGAAACUGAUCUGUUCUUAGCAAAGACUAUUCUGGGCCUGGAGGAGAUGGAGUCUGUUCAGGACAACGUAGUGGACGAUGCUGAAGAUCAUGGAGGAUCAGCUGUUUCUGAUGUUCAAACACGAGUGUUGAAGGCAAAGCUUCGAAUUAUGCAAGAAGAGAUCGACAUGCUUUCUUGUGAUUAUCAUAAGAAGGAAGACGAAAAUUCAAAGCUGGCUGCAAAAAUUAAAGAGCUUGAGGAGGACAGAGUCCGGCUGCAGAGGACCAUCAACAUCCAGCAAACACAGACUGAGAAGCAGAAAGCCUUAGCUGAAGAGUCGGCCAGAAAAUGUGACGAUCUCCAGCUGCAAGUGUCUGCGUUGAGCAAGGAAGUAGAAACUCUGACUAGAUCCCAAAAGCAAGCGGCGCUCGUCCACAGCACCGUGGAGGUUCGUCUGAACAGAGCUGUGGAGGAGGUGGAGAAGUUGAAGUCUCAGCUCGCCAAGACAAAACAGAUAAACAAGGACAAAAUCAGUGAGGAACAGCAAAGUAAAGAAAAUCUUCUGGCUGAAAACCAGACUCUUAAGAAGCAGAAAACGGAACUUAUUGCUGGUUUCAAGAAACAACUGAAGUUGAUCGAUAUUCUCAAAAGACAAAAGAUGCACUUUGAAGCUGCAAAGCUGCUGUCCUUCGCAGAAGAGGAAUUCAUGAAAGCUCUGGACUGGGGGAAGUCAUGAACAUGGAGAUAUGCACAAUUUAUUUAAUUAUUUUUAUGUUUUUUUGUUUGUUUGUUGUUUUUUUUUUUAAGAAAAACACUUCCAGCAGGCUCCUUUUAGAGAUGUUUCUAUGUUUUGUGUUGUGAACUGUGUAGAUUGAUUAGUUCACUGUAACUUGUUGUCUCUUGAGAUGUAUUUUACGAAUUUAAUAAAGGUUAACAGUCUAAAUCUAAAUAAACUUUUAAA